GGCUACGAGCAGGUGAAUGGCUAUGAGUAAGGUGGGAGGGGCUAAGAGUGAGGUAGGAGGGACUAGGAGUGAGGUGGGAGUGGCUAAGAGAGAUGGAAGGAGGUAAAGAGGGUGGGAUAGAGACAGGAAAGGGUGAGGAGAUAAGGAGAGAGGUGUGAAGGAGUAAAGAGGGAAGGGCGUCAGUGUAGUAGUUACAGUGGUAGCGAGCGGUUAUGGGUCAGGUUGGAGUUCUCGUGGUGACCUUCGUUGGAGUCAUUUGGGUUCAAGGUUCACAAGGUGCACCCUGGCCUGGCCACAUUAACGACGGAGGAGCUCAAGCAAAGGACAAUCCACCCACGGUGGGUGGCGAAGGUGCUUAUUCAUUGAUAGACCGAACUAUUGACAGUUACGACGGCACGGUUGUAGCAGGUGACGAAGAUGGCUUCAUUAUGUCCGAAUCCAGGAGCCGGACGAUGGUGGACAGGGUGUCGGCGUCUCCAGUCGAGCAGCUAAAACAAGAUUCCCACUCCAAGGCGCGACGAUUGGUGAGACAAGGAGCAGGGGCGAGGCGUCGACGACUAAUGGAUCCUGAACGACGACGCCAGUUGAUACUGAGACGACAAAAACUGGGUCUUCCCAAUUUAAAGAUAAGAAGCAGACAGAGAUUCACGGAGAAUCAGGUACAGGAGACUCCACUGCCCGUGACCAACACCAGCAGCACCUCUAUUAGCACCACUACCUCCACCUCCAGAGUUUCCUCCACUAGCAGCACCACCUCCAGGUCAGCAUUCCCAUCUUUCAGCGCAGCUUCUGAGCUGCGACAGCGUUAUAAAAAGCUUCCAGGUGGUUGGGGUAUGAAGACCAACGUUAGCGACUCGGAAACUACUGAAGACGAGUCAGAGUUGCUGGAAACAUCCUUAAGUACCACAGGAUUAGCGGAGCGAAGGAGAGGUCUGAUUAAGGCCUUGAAGCGACCUCUUCCUAGUAGACUCAGGCCCACACUCGUACGUACGACCACUUCUGUGCCCGCGGAUGUUCUUGAGGAAAAUAAGAGACUGCGCUAUAGACCACUUCUCGCUGACAAGAAAUCGGAAUCGAAUGUACAGACCACUGGCCGAACAUCUUCCCACAAACCUGAACCUGCGUCUCUUGAGCAUAACUCACCCGUCUAUAAUUCAAAGUCACAAUCGAACGACUUUGAUGAAUCUGUGCAGAACCAUGACUCUCUUAUAUAUAAACCACAGCAUCAUCUUUAUGAACCCUUGGCUCUUCAACCUGCAUUCAACGAUGAGUAUGAACCUAGACCAUAUUACUACGAGACCGAAUCUCCCCUGUACGUGCAAGUGUCAAAACCCAGGUCCACGCCUAUGCCUAAGAAAGUGGUGCUCGACCCACUGAUUACAAAUACUCACACAGGAAACGAACCAACGUACAACACCCGGAACCAGCUGCACGAUUCACUAGGUCCAGUUUAUACUCCAAAACCAACACUCGCGGCGGAACCAGUUAAUGGACCUGAUCCAGCUUAUGCUUCAGAUGCGGUUCAUGAGCAAAACCCUGUGUAUGCAUCAGAUCCUAAAUAUACUUCAGAUUCUGUGUACGAUCCAGAAGUGAUCUACGCCCCAGAAUCAGCCUAUGAUUCACAGGAAGACUACACCUCAGACGAAGACUCUGAAGAGGACAAGCCGGGGGUGUUAGACCAUUAUAAGUACGGCUACAACGUACAGUCCAAGGACACCGGCAACUACCACGCUCGUUACGAGGCCAGAGAUGGUAGCACUGUCAGCGGCUCCUACCAGGUGGCACUGCCUGACGGGCGGGUGCAGGUGGUCACCUACGUGGCUGAUGACGAGGGAUUCAGGGCAGAGGUCAACUACGAAGGCGAGGAGAACACGCCCACCAAGAAGUCGAGUGUGGACGUAGAGGUCCCAUGGGAGCACCCCAAACCCCAGGUCACCCGUCAAUCCCACGCAAACUCGACCUACGCCCCCGCCCGCCCACGUCCUUCCCUCCCUCCUGCUCACUCACUCCCGCAAACGACCAUUUCUCAGCCCACCCAUGCAGCUUUCGCUCCACUGACGGGGCAUAAUAUACACUUCGACGACCUGGUGGAGACUGCCUCCCCUAAUCCCUUCAGACUGGUAGUAGAGCGUGGACGAGCAUCCACCCUGGCCCCGCCACCCGUUCACACCACACCCACAACCCUUCCCGCCCACUCCCUCAAAUCACCCUCCACUCUGUCCGCCUACACACUGGCCAACGAUGUUACGGAGGAGCUGAACGAUACGCCCACCACGCCUCACCCACCCUCGACCAAUGCCCACACUAUCACACCCUCUCACACGGCCUUCCAAAGCUCUACGCCCUCACACACGCCCGUAUACCAGUACAAAGCCAAGGACAGUAUAGACACGACCCUGUACAGCCCUGAUGCUGUUGCUUACAUCACAGCCCUAGGCAGGUCCCACAUGGUACCUGUUCUCCUGCCUUACACACCUCCCCCACACCAAGCACGCCCGCCCCCACCCACUCCACUCACACACCAAGCACGCCCACCCACCCCACGUCCACACUCCACCAUCACCCACCCACAGCACAACAUCCUACCCUCGCCGCCCAAGACCUAUUACCUGACCCGUAGGUCUCGCGCCCACACCCUCAGUGGGGAGAGAGAGAGCGUAGAGAUACUUAGAGGUGAUGACCGGCGCCCACGACUCAGUCUCAGAAUCCCAGCACCUCACGAGACUGACAUAUAUCCAGCACCUUCACCUAUAUAUCAUCUCUAACUAUAUAAAAUACGGUGUUCUGAAGCUCUUUCACCUAUAUAGUAAGUUAUUUAGGUAUAGGUACACAAAUAUCUGGAGUUUACCUGGAGAGGCUUUCGGGGGGUCAACGCCCCCGCGGCUCGGUCUGAGACCAGGCCUCAUAGUGAAUCAGGGGCUGAUCAACCAGGCUGUUACUGCUGGCCGCACGCAAACUGACGUACGAACCACAGCCCGGUUGGUCAGGUACUGACUUUAGGUGCCUGUCCAGUCAUAUAUAAUAUAUGUGUAAAUUACCUAGGACUUAUUUCCAUCUCUGUGUGUUCUGCAUCACCUCCACCUAUAUACAAUGCAAAGCAGGGGUGCCGUGGGCACACUAAGAGAAAACACCAUAAGUGUCAGAGGCCCAGAGACAGACAGUAUAAUAACCUAUGUGACAUGUCAAGAUAUCUUAUUAAUGAAAAUAAGAUACCAGAUAUACUAAGCAAAUUUCCUAAAUUUGCUUGUAACAGAUAAGUGAACUAUAGAUAUGUAGAUAUAAAUCCAUAUGUAUUCCUGUUAACCCUUUGGGGCCUAAUUCCUAGGCCUUUUGUGUAUCCAUAUGCUCUCGCGCUACCGUCCAAAGGAUGGAUAUGGGGUGCACAAUAAACUAGCCACUUCGGUGGCAAAAUCUAAAUCCCAGGACUGUUCAACAGCCUUCCCUCAUACAUAAGGGGGAUUACCAAUAGACCCCUGCCUGUUUUCAAGAGGAAAUUGGAGAGAUACCUUAAGUCAGUGUCUGACCAGCUGGGCUGUGGUUUGUACGUUGGAUUGCAUGAGGUCAGCAAUAACAGCCUGGUUGAUCAGGCCCUGUGAUCCAUCGGGAAGCCUGGUCAUAGACCGGGCCGCGGGGGCGUUAACCUCCGGGAAAACCCUCCAGGUAAAUACAUAUACCAUCUCUAUCUUAAACAUAG